AUAAAAUAUUCUUCAGAUUAAUAGAAAAAGUCCUUCUGACGAACCAUGAGAAGAAUAAGAUGCCACGAUUGGGUCACGAUGGCAUUUUGUAUGGGUUUCCUAAUGACUGUUCUACACGCUAGCCCUUGUGAAAUAAAUAACGAGGGGACAGCAAACUGCAAUGGGAGGAAACUUCUGAAUAUCCCGAAAGAUCUUCCUGCCAAUUUGACAAGUUUGGAUUUGUCACACAAUUGGGUGAAUGUGUCUGAUCCAGAUAACUGCAGACAACUGCAGGCAUUUAAAAUCCUGAUCUUCCUCAACCUUUCAAAUAAUCACAUCCCAACUCUUAACCGUGGGAUCUUCACGGACAUGAAGACUCUAAAAUUGUUGGAUCUGAGUCACAACAAUAUGGCUUCACUCCACCCUGGUGCCUUCCAAGGUCUUUCUAGUUUACACAUCCUGAUUCUGAGAAAUAACAGGAUAAAAAACGUAACUCCUGAGCUUCUGAAUGGUAUGCAGAAACUUAUGACACUGGACCUAGCAAACAACAGACUGACCACAGUGACAACCCAGUUGUUACAGAAAUUCAGUGCACUGCAAGAAGUUCAACUGAAGGGAAAUCCCUGGGUAUGUGAUUGCUCACUGUACCCACUGCAGCAAUGGCUGAUGACUCGAAAUGAUUCCAUGGAAGACAUACAGUGUGGCCACCCUCCUGAUCUCCCGGGUAGGACCAUACUGACAAUGUUGUGUCCAAUAACUGGUGCAAGAAUGAUCAGAGGAAUCCGAAUUCCUCGUAAUACAAACAAUUCGACGUCUACAGCUCCAUAUGUCUCCAUUGCGACAUCACCGUCACCACCAACAAAAAGUGCAAAUACCUUGCGAGUUCUGCUUGGGGUCCUGGUCACUGCUAUAUUACUCUCUGUGCUGAUAGCAAUUGCUGCAAAAUGUAAACUCUUUCACAAAUACCUCGCCAGCUACAGCCACCAACUGCUGCCAGAGCAAGACAACUGCUCAGCUAUUGUGACCAUUAGCAACAGUGGAGAAAGACAGACAAUUGGGGCUCAGGUGAUGUUUCCACCUCCAGGGCUCGAUGAGGAUGAUGGUUACAUUGAGGACAAUUACAUUCAGACCGAGGUAAGGGAAGAGGAAGAUGAUGAUGAGCUACACGUUGCCAUCUAACGGGAGAAAAUGAACAAGGAACAGAUCCACGUUUCCCUCACCCAGAUAAUAAAGGCUCGACACUCUUGCAGAAUAUCCAGCUCUUCAGGAUUUUUAAAAAAACGCACAAAAUCAUAGAAUCAAUUUGAAGAAAAUUCAAAUUUUAUUUCUGUCUUUAAAAACGAUCUAUUCAAUUUUCUUCGGAGGUCAAUGCUUCUUGUUUGAUGUAAUUUGAAAUCUGCUGAAACAUUUUCCUGCAGUUGUACUUUUCUUAUCAAACCUUGAUACAUUCUCACAUCUAGGUAACGUCCCUCCAUACAGUAUGUCACCCUUAUUUGCCUUCACAAUAAAGCUCAAUGGAAGGAAAUGACUGGGGAAAAUUGCUUUGAGUGGGGGAAAAAAAAAAGGAAGAAUAUGUUCAGUUUAACUUCAAGCCUCAAAAUGGAUGCUCUGGAAAUGAAAGAGGACAUGCGGGUCACCAGUAGGAUAUCCUACUGCUGACUGGAAACCAGCCUGCCAGAUUGUGAGGUCUUACAGGCAACUUACAAAGGGUCGUGGCUUGAACCUGAGAGUUUGCGAGGAAACAUGAACAUGGAGGGAGAGGGUGGGGGUUGUGGGGGGGGGGAUGUGGGCGCUUAUGUGUCUCAAAAAAAAAUCAUAGCUCGAGGAAAGAACUCACAACAUAGCUCAAUGUGUAUGUACAAGACUGACCUUGCAGCAUAGGGAGGGAAGCAGAGGGGAAAGAGGGAAUCUCAGAUCUAAGUAAUGUCCCCGCUAUAAUUAAUGACCACCCCAUUAGCAGUGGACAACAGUGGGUUCCAGAAAACUGCUCAUUGAGUAAUGUUGAGAGGAAAUGACCUGGAUCACAAAGGCUGCUUCAAAAUUAGUUCUUCAUAUCCUAUGUAAUUGCUUUGCGUACAAUAUCCCAUAUAUUAUAUAUUUUGAUCUUUCGUAGAGAGACACUGACAAAUAAUGUCACAUCCAAAGUUACUGCUAAAUAAUGACACUAAACAUUUGGGUUUAAAGGCCACUUAAUAGCAUAAGAUCACAUUAGUUUGGCAAUGGAACAUUGUAAAAUGUGAAUCAAGACUGCUGUAACAAAGAAAUGUUGUUGUACCUUAAAUAUAUUGUGCGGGACCAGAUUGAGUGUGUAUAUUCAUCCACAGUGCUUUCAUUAGAAAGAUCUGAAUAAAUCAAGAUAUUUUAUAGAAACAAUUAUAGUGCUAUACAAAUGGCUAUAGGAUCACAAUGUUCGAUGUACUUUAAGAAUUUUAUCCAAUUGAUUUGUUUUUUUGAUUCUUGAAAUUAAACUUUACGGAAACAGU